GGAUUUCCUCACUCUAUCGUACUCCGCCCCUUACCUUACCCCACCAGUAGUGAUAUAUUAUUAUUAAUAAUAAUUGUUCCUGUGGUUAGUCGUCGGAACGCGAAAAAGAUGCACUAUCCCAAUAACUAUUACCGUUGAAUGUACCAUCAAAUCAACAACAACUAAUACUACCGUGAACUUGUGUUUGCGUUACGCGUUUGUGAUAUUAUGGAUUGUUAUUGUUGUACGGCUGCUUUGUGAUACGCGCGGUGUUGACUAGCUCGCACGCGCACACACACGCGCACACUCACGCACACACACACACGUACGUACGUAGGUUUAACGCGUAAUAUUUCCACAGUUUUCGUGCGCACAAAAGAAUAUUCUUACCGUUUUCUUGUGUUUCCACAUCCCCGCACGCAUCGCGGAUCGUAUUCGGCUUCCUUUGUUCCGCUCGCAGAUCGUCAGUCCGUCCGCAACUACGACUGUGUUGCCACCGUCCCUCGGCUGUUUACCCUCUAAUCAUCUCAGGUCUGCGCUGCCACCUUCGUCAUGUCUUACGCGUACCUGUUCAAGUACAUCAUAAUCGGAGACACAGGUGUGGGCAAGUCGUGUCUUUUGCUGCAAUUCACGGAUAAGAGAUUCCAGCCCGUUCAUGACCUCACAAUCGGCGUUGAAUUUGGUGCACGCUUAGUGUCUAUUGAUACGAAACCCAUCAAGCUUCAGAUAUGGGACACCGCAGGCCAGGAAGCAUUCCGAUCAAUCACACGAUCAUAUUAUCGGGGUGCAGCUGGUGCUUUGUUGGUUUAUGAUAUUACUCGUCGUGAUACAUUCAACCAUUUGACAACAUGGUUAGAAGAUGCACGACAACAUUCCAAUUCCAACAUGGUCAUCAUGCUUAUUGGCAACAAAAGUGAUUUGGAAACAAAAAGAGAAGUGAAGAAAGAAGAAGGUGAGGCGUUUGCCCGAGAACAUGGAUUGGUAUUUAUGGAAACAUCUGCCAAAACUUCUGAUAAUGUAGAAGAAGCAUUUAUUAAUACAGCUAAAGAAAUUUAUGAAAAAAUUCAAGAAGGAGUGUUUGAUAUUAAUAAUGAGGCAAAUGGUAUUAAAAUUGGACCUCAACAUUCGACUGGUAACAGCAGUAUACCUGGUGGUAAUAAUCGAUCCAGUGGAAAUGGUUGUUGUUAACUAGUUUUUCAAAGGUCCACUUACUACUAUCUUAAUGCAAUUUCUAUAUUUGCUUAAAAUUUGGGUUAUACUUCUUCAUUUUUUUUUUUUUUUUUGAGUGAAUUAUAUUCAAUAUUCAUUAAUAGACCUUAUGUUAUUACAUCACUGAAAUUAAUGUUGAAAGUAAAAUAACAUAAUUUUACGAUGCUGGUCUAGUUGUAAAAAUAUUUUAAGUCAUA